CUCAUCGAGUCCACGUCCACCUUCCUCGCCUCCUCCACCUCACGCCGGUCUCGCCGUUUCUUUCGACCAUUGUUCCUUUCGCGUGUGCGAUCGUGGCCUGCCAAGUGGUGUGGAUAGAUGGAGCGGCGCGGCCAUUGCCACGGCAAGCACCCGCCCCCGCUCCCGCCGCCGCGACGGGCGCGCGGGGAGCUCAGGCAGGCGUCCACCGGCUCCUUCUCGGCCUCGCUCCUGGACGCCAUCUACCGCUCUCUCGACGAGGGCGACGGCGCGGAUGCUGUUGACGCCGCGCGCUGGUCGGAGGAGAAGGCGGCGGCGGCGCGGUUCUGGUGGGCGAAGGAGGCGGCCAAACCGAGGAAGGUCCCGAGGGCGGACGGGGACAGGCGCCGGCGGGAGACGGCGGUUGUGCGCCCGCGCCACUCGGGGUACGCGUCGUCCACCACCUCCUCGUCGGACUCAUCGGCUAGCUACAGCAGUUUCUCCUGCUCGUCCGCGUCGACCACCGACACAAAGUCCACGCGCCGCCACCACAGACAGCCUCCGCCGCGGCCGUCGGAGGAAUCAGCUGUCGUUGAUGCGGUGGAGGCAGCCGUGCCACCUAACAGAAAAGGAAAGAAGAAGAGCAGACCGUGUUUCCCCGGAGCAAGGAUCCGACCAAGAGCCGCUGUGCAGUCGUCGUCGCCUGAGCCGUUGCCGCAGUCGCCGGCAACGUUCGCGUGCGUUCUCAAGGCUAUGUUCUCGUCAGCGCGUCUCCAAAGGAAGCCCAAGAAUCCCGUGGCCACCCCACCGACCCCAAUCUCACCUGCGCCACCGCCAACUCAGCCAUCGUGCAUGUCGGCGACGAGCAUCGAGAAAGUGCCGGAAGCGCCGGAGCGAAGGUCUGUGAGGUUUCGCCCGGACGCCGAGGCAUCAGUGGUGCGGCACAGGGUGGAGGAGCUGGUGCGGAGCCUCGAGGAGCUUGAGGAGGACGAGGAGGGGAGCGACUCGAGCUCCGACCUCUUCGAGCUGGAGAGCCUUCGCGGGGGCGCCGGCGGAGACGAGCUGCCCGUGUACGGCACGACCAGCCCCGUAGCCAACCGCGCCAUAGCCCAGGGGCAGCUUGUUGAGAUCAACGCCACUGUCAAGACAUCGUGAUUGCUCGUGUGUGAAUUUCUUGCAUGUUAAUAAUGCUGCAAUGUUUCGUUUCCAAAAAAAAAGAAUAAUGCUGCAGUAUGUUGUGUACUUUGCCUAUAUUUGAAGGUUGUUCGUUCCCUCAAAUCUGGUUUUAGCAAACUUGAUUAAAAAUAUAAAAUGAAGUUGCAUGCCGAUGCCACAGUGGGAGAGGAGUGAGACACGUCUGUGCUGAGGACUUGGCGAUGUUGUCGCAUCUGUGCCGAUGUUUUUAUAAUCAAAUUUUGAAGUUGAAAGGUUUUC